CGCAACACCAGCUGGGAAACACUGGUUUAAAGAGCCAAGAAUAAAAAUAUUUAGCGAGGUCGAAUUGAUCAAUGCUAUCUUAUCACACUAUUUUGUUAUUUAUUUACGGAAGUGUCUCCUAGCAACAGCCUAUUAUAAAUAAAGCAACAAGGCCGGUUUGGCUUCAGAAAGACAAGGAUUGCCGAGGUAUGGAAUAUUAUUGGAUUAAAUAUGUGUAUAUAUAUAUAUAUAUAUAUAUUCACUCAUGUUAAUAAUUAGUUUGUGGUUAAUCAAUGAUAAGUAUUUUUUAACUCAAUAUUCGAAACAGUAUUGUGGGUUAAUGAUUACAAGAUUCAAACAAUCUUGAUGACUUUUGCGUUGAUAAUUGUUACAAUGUUAUCAGUUUUCGUUGCCGUAGUCUCAUAUAAAUUUCAUUAUUCGAAAAAUAAAAUAAAUAUAUAUUUGUUAUUUUCUUCACGCAGUGCAUAUUUUGAAACAGUAGACUCUGAAUUAAAAUAAAUGCAAUGGGAAAAAUUCAUAAUUUCUCUCUGUUGCUUCUUGUAAUUGGAGGUGAGUUAGCUUAGAUGUAACAUAACUAUAUAUAGUCUACCAUUUUUAUAAAGGAACGAUAAAGUACGAAGAAGGAAAAAAAAACAAAAAAACCCCACAAAUUUAUAAGCGUACAUUUCUUAGAUACUAAAGGGUUUGAAGUACAAUCGCAUUGCAACUCUAAUUUUCUUUCUAAUGUUGUAGAAUUUUUUUUCUACUGUUUGCUGAUGACCUUAUCAGUUGACAAUUGUUUUGUACUCCAGCGUUGGUUGGCACAUCUAUGACUUUCUCUGAAUGUGAUCCCCAUGAGAGAUGUAAUUCCCCUGACACAGAGACUCGUACAUCUUAUUGCAGGUAAGUCUUGUCAAAUAGUUUACCUUAACUUCGCUAUUGUUCGCGUGUUUCCAUGUGGCAAACUAUUCGAAAAGCUAAUUGACCCACUUCCCGUCAUCUUAUCGAUCUUAAACUUGAAACAUUGACUGGUUUCCAAUGACAACAAAUUCUCCUCAAAUUUUCAGCAACCCCCCCCCCCCCCGGCCGCAAAAUCAGGUUAUUAUUUUUAUCUUUAUCUUUCAAAAUCGGAGGAAUGUUAAUGAUUUGUAGAAUGUUUGCGUUUUUUUGGUGUUGAGACUAAUUGUGUUGUUAUUGCCAUGCGCUUUUUAAUUGUGACGUCCUCGUUAUGCACUUAAAAUAAAAUGUAUUUUUGAAGGGGAGAAAGGAGAAAAUAUGAGACAGGUUUUCACCAGACGUUUACCCAUUUAGAUAACCGCUUCUUAUGAAAUGAUAUAUCACGUACAAACAUAUCCACGUUCUUCCAUUGACAGUAGAACCCUGUCAAUCCCAAGAACUAAAACUAAGACCAUCGGUGAACGCUCCUUCUGCUUCAAUGGGCCCACUUUCUGGAACCAGCUCCCCUUCCAUAUCCGUCAUUGUGAAACCUCGUCCAUUUUCAAAAAGUCCCUUAAAACUCAUCUGUUUAGGUCCGCCUAUGACCUGUGAUGCACCCUCCUUGCCCUGCCUCAUUUUCUGUUUCGGGUUGAUCCUGAAGUGUCAAAGUGUCAAAGUGUCCUCGUUUUAUAGCCAUUUUCAUUUUCUUUAUAGUAUAGUAGUUACUAUCCUAGUGUCUCAUUUUUAUUUACUUAGUUUACAUGUUUUUAAUAAUUGUUAAGCGCUUAGAGCUUUAUGGUAAGCGCUAUAUAAAAAUGCCUAAAUAAAUAAAUAAAUAAAUUUAUACGAGAAACGUUGUUUCUAUUUUUUUUUAAAAUUAACAACUUCUUUCUCAAGGCAUUGUCAAUUUUACACCGAAAAUUUAAUGUUUAUUUUUAUAUAUAUUUUUAAAAGUAAAAAAAAAAUAUUUCCUUGCUCUUCAAUUGUUUUUAAAUACAAUGGUCAUGAACAAGGUAUGUUUAGGCUUGAGUUAAAUGUUUAAAAAAAAUUUAACCGACUUUUCUGGUAGAUGUCUUCUUCAGCAGACAACAGAAUACAACAAACAACAGAUAAAUGUAAAACAAAAAUAAAAACUCGUUUUGCAGAUCUUAAAAAAGUCAAUGUAGCUCAAUUUUCUCAAAAAAAGCUCAAUGGUCUCAGCAGAGGCGUAGAGUAGGGGGGCAGAUGUCCCCAGGUGUCAGCUAGUUAAGAGCGCCAAAAUGUGCUUUGAAAUUAUUUUAUUGAUGAAACUAAUGGGUUUGAAAGUAGAAAAAAAGUUAAGGGGCGCUUUAAAAUUGAUCUUGUCUCGGGAGCCAAACGCUACCGCUACGCCUCUGGGUCUCAGUGUAGCUCAAUGUUCUCAAUGUUCUCAAUGUUCCAAUGUUCUCAAUGUUCUCAAUGUUCCAAUGUUCUCAAUGUUCUCAUUGUUCCAAUGUUCUCAAUGUUCUCAAUGUUCUCAAUGUUCCAAUGUUCUCAAUGUUCUCAAUGUUCUCAGUGUUCUCAAUGUUCUCAAUGUUCCAAUGUUCCAAUGUUCUCAAUGUUCUCAAUAUUCCAAUGUUCUCAAUGUUCUCAAUGUUCUCAAUGUUCUCAAUCUUCCAAUGUUCUCAAUUUUCUCAAUGUUCUCAAUGUUCCAAUGUUCUCAAUGUUCUCAAUGUUCCAAUGUUCUCAAUGUUCUCAAUGUUCUCAAUGUUCUCAAUGUUCUCAAUAUUCCAAUGUUCUCAAUGUUCUCAAUGUUCUCAAUGUUCCAAUGUUCCAAUGUUCUCAAUGUUCUCAAUGUUCCAAUGUUCUCAAUAUUCCAAUGUUCUCAAUGUUCUCAAUGUUCUCAAUGUUCCAAUGUUCUCAAUGUUCUCAAUGUUCCAAUGUUCUCAAUAUUCUCAUUGUUCACAAUGUUCUCAAUGUUCCAAUGUUCUCAAUGUUCUCAAUGUUCCAAUUUCUCAAUGUUCUCAAUGUUCUCAAUGUUCUCAAUAUUCCAAUGUUCUCAAUUUCCAAUGUUCUCAAUGUUCUCAAUCUUCCAAUGUUCUCAAUUUUCUCAAUUUUCUCAAUGUUCUCAAUGUUCCAAUGUUCCAAUGUUCUCAAUGUUCUCAAUGUUCUCAAUGUUCCAAUUUCUCAAUGUUCUCAAUGUUCUCAAUGUUCUCAAUAUUCCAAUGUUCUCAAUGUUCUCAAUUUCCAAUGUUCUCAAUGUUCUCAAUCUUCCAAUGUUCUCAAUUUUCUCAAUUUUUUCAAUGUUCUCAAUGUUCCAAUGUUCCAAUGUUCUCAAUGUUCUCAAUAUUCCAAUGUUCUCAAUGUUCUCAAUUUCCAAUAAUCUCAAUGUUCUCAAUAUUCUCAAUCUUCCAAUGUUCUCAAUUUUCUCAAUGUUCUCAAUGUUCCAAUGUUCUCAAUGUUCUCAAUGUUCCAAUGUUCUCAAUGUUCUCAAUGUUCUCAAUAUUCCCAUGUUCUCAAUGUUCUCAAUGUUCUCAAUGUUCCAAUGUUCCAAUGUUCUCAAUGUUCUCAAUGUUCCAAUGUUCUCAAUAUUCCAAUGUUCUCAGUGUUCUCAAUGUUCUCAAUGUUCCAAUGUUCUCAAUGUUCUCAAUCUUCCAAUGUUCUCAAUUUUCUUAAUGUUCUCAAUGUUCUCAAUGUUCCAAUGUUCUCAAUGUUCUCAAUGUUCCAAUGUUCUCAAUGUUCUCAAUGUUAUCAAUGUUCUCAAUGUUCCAAUUUCUCAAUGUUCUCAAUGUUCUCAAUGUUCUCAAUAUUCCAAUGUUCUCAAUGUUCUCAAUUUCCAAUGUUCUCAAUGUUCUCAAUCUUCCAAUGUUCUCAAUUUUCUCAAUGUUCUCAAUGUUUCAAUGUUCUCAAUGUUCUCAAUGUUCCAAUGUUCUCAAUUUUCUCAAUGUUCUCAAUAUUAUAAUGUUCUCAAUGUUAUCAAUGUUCCAAUGUUCUCAAUGUUCUCAAUGUUCCAAUGUUCUCAAUAUUCCAAUGUUCUCAAUGUUCUCAAUGUUCUCAAUGUUCUAAAUGUUCCAAUGUUCUCAAUGUUCCAAUGUUCUCAAUAUUCUCAUUGUUCUCAAUGUUCUCAAAGUUCCAAUGUUCUCAAUGUUCUCAAUGUUCCAAUUUCUCAAUGUUCUCAAUGUUCUCAAUGUUCUCAAUGUUCUCAAUGUUCCAAUGUUCUCAAUGUUGUCAAUGUUGUCAAUGUUGUCAAUGUUCCAAUGUUCUCAAUGUUCUCAAUGUUCUCAAUGUUCUCAAUGUUCUCAAUGUUCUUAAUGUUCCAAUAUUCUCAAUGUUACAAAGUUCUCAAUGUUCUCAAUGUUCUCAAUUUAGCUCACUUUUCACAACAUAGGCUAAUAUUAGUUAUAAUUCCACUCAAUCAUCUACGUGCUUAUCAGGACAUCCCAGUUGUACAUCGAGUGUUUGUAUAAAGAGGCCAUGUAUAAUGACAUGUGUACGGACUCCACCAAAACAAGAUAUCAGGCAAUCAUAAGCUCAGCAGAGGAUGAGCGCUCGCGUCGUCAUUGCUCAGGUAAAUUUACUAAUUUGAUUGUUACCGGAUAUUUAAUUUUUCCUAAACAAGGUCAUUUCACAAUGUGGAUUUUUUGCAGCAACACGCAAAUCAAACGAUUAAAUAAUGUUAAGGAACUACUGCUGUUUGUUGAAAGUUACACGAUCCAGAAACUCAAAUGACUGCCACAGAAAUCCCACAUAGUUGUUUUAACACUGAGCAGGCGCAACCAUGGCUUCUGAUGCAGAAAUUUUGUUAAUAUUUAUGUACUAGCGAAGAGGUCAACAACCUGCGAUGGUAUGUGGCUCUUUAAAUUCAUAUAGGCGGAUUUUUUUUUUUUCUUUUUGAAUUUGAUUUUUUUAGAAACUUUGAAUGAAAUAAUCAUGUAGCCUAAUAUAGCUGUAACCUAUUGUCAUGUGGGUAACGGGGCACUGGGUCUAUAAAUACCUAACGGUAAAAAAGCUUGGAUCAAGAGAGGACUUUCUCUACAGCUAUGUUAUUAACUUGUUCCACAGUUCCUAAAAUUAAUUUGUUCUGUUUUGACCACACCAACAAAAUCAACUUGACAUUUUAUUUUUAUCUUCGUAUUUGCAAGAAAUGCCCAACAGUAGUGCUGCUAAAAUAGUUUAAAAUGGACCCAAGUCCGAUGAGAACAACGUAAAUGAAAAGGUUGACAUUGCGCCUGUAUAUUUACAGACGACAAAAUAGGACAAUUAAAAAACAUCAUGAAAAUGAAACCUGGUGGCUCCCCCCCCCCCCACUUUUUUCCCAGCUAUUUGCAAGUGCUAUCAGGUAACUUGUGAUUCAUCUGGAAACAUUUAAGCUGCAAAGAAUCACUGUGAGAAAACUGAAGUGUGAACGUAAUAUAAAAUCAGAACAAUGUUCAGUUUUAGUCGAUGAAUCAAGCAGUAAAGCCAGAUAAACAAGACUGUUUAAAUAAAUUCAUUUAGCGAUAUCCAAGAAAUUAGAAAUGGCUGGGUUAAAAAAAAAAACAGCUUUAAGCACAGACAUAUUUGUUCUUUGAAGUAAAUGUUUAUUGUUUGAGAAUGCCUUUUUUUUUUUGUUAAAAUGUUAUCCUUUUCAAACUUUAUGAAUCUAUGUCCCAGUUGUUGUUGGUCUCUCAUCUUCUUAAAAAAAAAAACAUCUUUAAGCACAGACAUAUUUGUUCUUUGAAGUAAAUGUUUAUUGUUUGAGAAUGCCUUUUUUUUUUUGUUAAAAUGUUAUCCUUUUCAAACUGUAUGAAUCUAUGUCCCAGGUGGUGUUGGUCUCUCAUCUUCUCUUGUCCUGUGUGUUGCUGGUUUCGUCUAUGCGAUCUCCAACAAAUAAGCAGAAUGUCAACAUGUGGUUUAGGAAGAAAUCCAAGAUAACGACAGGAAGGAUACCAGAACACUAACUCGACGCAACAAACACGGCUUAUGGAAAGUGCCAUUUGAUAACAAAUUUUAUAGAUCUGUCAUUUUUGUUAUAUGUUAUUGUUAUUUAUUUUUAAAAGAAAUGUGGUGUUGAAAUUAAAGUUAAAUAUAUAAAUUGGAAUAUAAUAAAAAAAAAAAAAAA